CCCGCGCAUCGCUCCGAGGUGACGGCUGGCAGCUGGGGCGGCGGACAGUGGGAGGACAGCGGAGGGACAUCGAGGAACGGGGAUCCCAAGUGCCAACGUCCCUCUUUGUUUUCCACCGACAGAGUCUCCCGGCUUGAAGAAAUCCAACAUGAAAAUCCUCGUGGCAUUGGCCGUCUUUUUUCUCGUCUCCACUCAACUGUUUGCAGAAGAAAUUGGAGCCAACGAUGAUCUGAAUUAUUGGUCCGACUGGUCCGACAGCGACCAGAUCAAGGAGGAGCUGCCCGAGCCCUUUGAGCAUCUUCUGCAGAGAAUCGCCCGGAGACCCAAGCCUCAGCAGUUCUUCGGAUUAAUGGGCAAACGGGAUGCUGAUUCCUCAAUUGAAAAACAAGUGGCCCUGUUAAAGGCUCUUUAUGGACAUGGCCAGAUCUCUCAUAAAAGGCAUAAAACAGAUUCCUUUGUUGGACUAAUGGGCAAAAGAGCUUUAAAUUCUGUGGCUUAUGAAAGGAGCGCGGUGCAGAAUUAUGAACGAAGACGCAAAUAAACCCCCUCAUGUGUAAUUUAUUGAGCUUCAUGUGUGUCAGUGGCCAAUGAAAGGUAACAUGAGACCUGCACCAUGAGGAAUAAUUAUUUAUUUAAUAAUCAUUGUUUUGAGUGGAAAGCUAAAAAAAAAAAACUGUUUAUUUUUCAUAUUGUGCCAAUACGUGCUGUGAAAGUGUGUUAUAAUUCUAAUGUGACCCCCUCAGAUGUAGAAAUCAGUGGGCAUUUCUCAACAAAGCACAGUGUUCAGUGAAACUGAAAUAUGUUCUUCAAAGAAAGAAAUCAUCUUGGUUUCCUGGAAGCAGUCAUGUCAGCCACUGAUGAAGGAGAGGGAUCUCACAGACAGGCUUGUGCUUCCUCUGUUUUCAUGGUGGAAAUGUGCUAAGAUUUGGUAUCAAAGUGUGUCCCUGCAGCAUGUGUCAUGUGUUGUGACUUAAAUAGAGAUGUUUUACAAGUUUUCACGUGAUUCUACGGUCUUCAUUUCAUUGUAUAAUGUGUUGUGAUAGUUAACAUUUUAAAUAAAAGAAAAAAUAUCU